GGAUUAGAGGGAAUUGAAGUGCGUUUACAUGAAAUGAAGGUGCUUUGUGGAAAAAGUUCGAAAUGACCACAAAAUGGUUGGAGUAACGGCUUCUCCGAUUGAAUUGUUUUGAGCUACCGUGACCGCAUAUUAGCAAAAGCCUCAGCAGCUGCCUAUAAAAUCGAAAAUCUCUCUUUUCCCCCUCCUCCCAUUCCAAUUCUCUUUCUUUAUUAUCAUAAAAGUUAUUAUAUAUAGAUCAAUGGCAUGGAGAUAUGUCUGCUCAAUAUUUCUGAGGGUGGAAUCACGUUGUUCUUGCUUAGGAUAUUGCAAAAGCUAAAUGGAGCUGCCUAUAAUCAAAGUGGUAUCACCAUACUUCUUGGAAUAUUAAAUAUUGGUUACUGACAGCACCAUUACUUGUACAUUAUAUGAAAUUCUGGUCUCCUCAUACUGCUGGUGUCGUGAAAGAUAAUGUUCUUAAAAUUUCACGGAAUUCGGACUCUGUAGGAAAGUAGACGCUGAGAUUUUGAAGCAAAGCAAAGAAUGGGGAGAGCAAAAAUGAAACUGCAUAAGUUGGAUGGUAGCAACCGCAUAGGAGUAUACUCAAGGCGAAAGAAGGGACUCUUGAAGAAAGCUAAUGAGCUGUCAGUGUUGUGUGACAUUGACAUCUUUCUUGCGAUGUUUUCACCAAGCGGAAAGCCUAGUCUAUACAAGUCAGACAGCAGUACCUUCGAAGACAUGAUAACCAAGAUUGCCGAAGUAAAUCCAGAAGAAAGGGCAAAAAGGAAGAUGGAGUGUCUUGAAACAAUAAAGAAAGCUUGCAAGAAGUCUGAUCACGAUGUAAAUAUAGGAGAACAGCUUUUUCCUGGGGAUUUGACAACGGAGGACAUAAAUUUUCUCUCACAUUCAUUAAGAAUUCGACUUUCAGACAUUGAGGGUAGACUGAGGCUUUGGAAGAAUCUUGACAAGAUUGACAACAUUCAACAACUUAGAAAAUUGGAGGAUUCAAUUUCAAAAUCUCUUAAUGAAAUCACAAAACAUAAGUAUGGGAUGGGUUCAUUAUUCUUUUGUGCUGGAGAAGAUAUUCAGCCUUCUUCAGUCCAGCAUAGCAUGGAUUUACCUUUGAACUUUGAUUCUAGGAAAGAGCCCAAUCCGUGCUCAUCAAUCCAUGCUUGUGAUAGUGAAAAUAUGGACGCAUACAAGGAUCCGAGUUCAUUUGAUUCAUCUUUACUUAAUGAUACUGGGCAAGACUUCCAGGCUUCUUCACUUAUGCAGAAUGGGAUGAACGCCUGGCAAGAUCUCUAUCAAUGUUCAUCAAUCCACGGUGGUAAUAAUGAAAAUGUGGAUGUGUACGAAGACUUAAACUCAUUCCCUAUAGGGUAUUUGGAGGAACCAACCUUUUCUUUUGAGAGCUACACAAAUCUUGUUUGCAACAAAGAAAUUGAAGUGUCUAAGCCAGCAUCCGAAAAAUUUGUACCUGAUGAAAUGUUUCUGGAUUGUGGAUUAAAUCAGGAAGACAUUGAAACAGAGUUUGGAUUUACUUUUGAUGUGCCACAAGUAGAACUAAUGGAUGACCUGGGAAAUAUUUUUGACUGUAGCACUAACAACGGGUCCAGACUUCCUCAAUCUGAUUUUGCUAACAUCCAUGAUAGUUCAAAAUCAACAUCAGGAACUUCUGACAAUAUGAUGUUAGCCGACUCUCUAAACUUUCUGUAUGGGAUGGAUUCAUUAAGUUCAGAUGCUGGAGAAGAGUUUUCAACUUAUUCUUCGACCAAGCAUGGGAUAAAUUCACUUUCAACCCCACUCAAUGUAGGCUUAUCAGUCCAUGAUGGUGAUAGUGAAAAUAUGGAUGAAUACGGCGGCCUAAACGUAUUUCAUUCAUCUUCAAAAUUUGAUGGUGAGCAAGAAUUUCAGUCUUCAUUAUCUAUCCAGUAUGGGAUGAAUUCACCUGUACGUUUUGAUGCUGGGAAAGAAAGGCAUCAAUCAUCAUCAGUCCAAGGUGGUGAUAGUGAAAGUAGUAAUGGAUAUGAGGACCUAAAUUCGUUUGUACAAGGGUUUUUAGAGGAUCCCUCUUUAUCUUUCGAGAGCUAUGCAGAUCUUACUUGCAACCAUGAAAUUGAAAAAUUUAAGCCUGGAUGUGAAAAUUAUUCAGCCGAUAAAAUGUUUCUUGAUUGUCCAAUAAAUCAGGAAGAUCUUGAAAUAGCAUUUAGAUCUACUCUUGAUUUGCCACUGGUAGAGAAAAUGGAUGUCCAGGAAAGCACUUUUGACUGCCUCAACAAAGGUUUUGAACUUCCACAACUAUCGUCCAUCAUAGUGUAGAAUCGAAUUUGUGAAAAUAUGACUAUCUCAGCUUUCCUGUAAGUUUCACCUGUUUUAGUAUUUUAUUCCACUUGGAAACUCCUCUCUAAUAUUGUACACCUCCUUCCUAUUUCCUUACUCACAUGUU